GUCAAAGGCGGUGACGGGAUGCCCGCGUUGCUUCCCCAGGCAGUGGCAGGCACAGUUUUGGGAAGCGAGGCGGAAUUCGUCCACAGACACCCUGAUGCAAGACACAUUUUCCCUUUUAUAAAUUCAUCUCCACAUAAGUAACCAUGAAACUAAUUAGCAAACACAUCGACAAAGACAAAUCGGGCCGAGUGACCCUCCUCCCCGAAGAAUCUGAGGACAUGUGGCACGCCUACAACCUGAUCUCCAAGGGGGAUAGUCUCAAAAGCACCACCAUCCGACGGGUGGUAUCAGAGUCAGCGACGGGGAGCACAGACAAGAGCACGGUGCGCACGGUGCUGACGAUACAGGUCGAGGAGGUGGAAUUCGACACCCAGGUGUGCAUGUUGAGGGUCGCGGGGAGGAAUGUGGAGGAGAACAAGUUUGUUAAGAUGGGAGCCUACCACACCCUCGACCUCGAACUCAACCGCACGUUCACGCUCAUCAAACCCGAAUGGGACAUCAUCUCCCUCGACCGCAUCACAACCGCGUGCGAGAUCGCCAACCGCGCCGACGUCGCCGCCAUCGUCCUCCAAGAGGGGCUCGCGAAUCUGUGCCUGGUCACGCAGAACAUGACGAUUGUGCGGCAGCGGAUCGAAGUGAAUAUCCCGCGGAAGAGGAAGGGGAGUAGCACGAAUCAUGAGAAGGGGUUGGCGAGGUUUUGGGAGCAGAUUUAUCAGGCGGUGUUGAGACACGUGAAUUUCGAGGUUGUGAAGGUGUUGAUUGUGGCGAGUCCGGGGUUCUUGAAGGAAUCCCUCAACCAAUACAUCUUCGCCACCGCCAUCAAAACCGACAACAAGCUCAUCCUCGAGAACCGAUCCAAGUUCCUGCUCGUGCACUGCUCCUCCGGCCAAAAACACGCAUUAACCGAAGUCCUCCAGCAGCCCGCCGUGCAGGCCCAGUUGAAAGACACCAAAUACGCGCACGAAGUACGCACCCUGCAACGCUUCUAUACGGUGCUGGCGGCCGACCCGGACAAGGCGUUCUAUGGGUUCCAGCACGUGGCGCUGGCGGCGGAACGGGCUGCGGUGGAGGUUUUGAUGGUUACUGAUGAGUUGUUUCGCUCAGCAGACAUCCCGACCCGCCGCAAAUACAUCGCCCUCGUCGAGCAAGUCCGCUCCAGCGGCGGCACGGUCUUGGUAUUCUCGGCGCUGCAUACGACCGGCGAGCAGCUGCAGCAGCUGACGGGGGUUGCGGCGAUCCUGCAUUUUCCGUUGCCGGAUAUUGAGGAGGUUGCGGAGGAUGAGGCGAAGACUGGGGUGGCUUGAGGGAUUGGUGUGAGAGGAGAUGUGGAGCGGUAGUUCUGGGGGAGUGGGGGGCGGCACGUGUGGUUGAGGGUGGGGCGGUGACGAAGAGUGUCGGAAUGGGCGCCGACACCCCACCACUUCCGCGCAAGGGCCUACGGCACCCCCCGCAUCACACAUCCAGGCCAAACCAGCGUUGCCCGCGGCCACCUGCGAGUUGCUGUCGGAUCACACACAUGCCAGCGGCGGAAUCCUCGAAAUACCAACAAGU